AUGCCGGCCUGUGGUGACGUAAUCAACCAAGUUGCGGCCGAGCAUCCGCAGCUGGCAGAGCUCAGAUCUGUGACUGUCCUGGGUAUCACUGGCAGCACGCUCUUGGAGGCGGCGACCGUGUCGUCAAUGCAGGACCUGAACCAGCAGGUUCAGGCAAAGCUCAAAGCCAAGAGCUGCUGCUGCUUGACGGCUGAUGGCCAAGUGGUGACAAAGCUGGGGCAAAUUUCCGGAGAGCCGUUGACGGCCGUGGCCAAGAACGUCCAUCCGUUUUUGCAGCUGGCAGGGCUUGAAGACGAACAUGGGAAUCUGGCAAGUGAUCUUUGUUCCAUGAAGGAUCUCGAGGAUGUGGCUCUUCAAGUGGCCGUGCGCUUGGCGGAGACGGCCUGCUGGUUCAUGGGCCCAGGCCACCUUUGUGGCUACCCCACAGUUGCCUGGGACUGGGACGAUGUUCUUGCUGCGCCGCGAGAGCGUUUCUCUACCACACGGAUUGGGGGCAACGGUGCGAGACAACAUAUGAGAGUGGAUUUCUGGAGUGUGAUUGUGCCCCCCGGGGUACGAGUCAUCGUCAGCAUCCGAGCGGGUUCUCCAUCCUCUGAAGCUGCUCGGGACUUCGUGACGCUCCAGAGCCUUGCAGUGCAAGACAUUGUCGACAUCCGACGUGCACACCAGCGUGCGUGCGAUUCUCAUCGGGAAGAGAUCCUAGCAACGCGAUCCCAGGCAGACACAGUCGAUGCGCUCAUCAUGCUACUUGGAAGUCUACGCAAGCUUACGGGAGAAUGGUUAGCGCCUUGCUAUCGUAGCCGCAGCACUUCCACAGAAAGGCUGCGUGAAUACACUGUCGACCUGGUCCAUUUCGAAGUCUUCCACGACGUGUACAACAGCGAAGCGGAGGGUUACUGGUAG